AUAAUAAUAAGCAUAAUACAAAAAUGAAAUUCCGUUUCUGCGGCGAAGGGGAUUGUCCCGAUUGGGUAUUGGCCGAAAUCAUAUCAACACUCUCCAACUUGAGUAUAGAGAAUCUGGAAAAGCUAAGCGAUCUAGUGGCUCAGAGAAUAUGUGGCGGAGCUUUUGAGGAAGCGGCCAUCAAAUCGUUGACAUCCACACUCACUAAUGAGGGGAAAACGGCCGUGGCCUGCAUCAACUUUAUGCUGAUCAAUGCAUCCCGCUACAACUGCACGGAGAGCAUAUUUGGAGAGGAGAUCCAACAGCUAGGCCUUCCCAAAGACCAUGCUGCGGCCAUGUGCCGUGUGCUGCAGAAACAUUCCGGUUCCAUACGUCAGAAACUGUUAGAUAAGGCAUUUAAAAUUAACGAGCUGCAAAGCGUACGUAAUGUAACCUCGCCUGGCGAAACGCCAGCAAAUUGUGCCACCCUGGAACUGAAAAUCUCGCAAGAACUGGUCGAUGGCCUGCCCAAGGAUACCACGCAUAUUGUUAACUUCGAACGCUCGCAUCUGAAGGCUCUGCUGGCGGAGCUGAAAGUGGCCCGCGAUAUUAUGGACAAAUACGAAAAUUAAAAAAACUAGAAAGCAAAUGCGAUGAAAGAAAA